AAGGCUACUUGAAAUGGCAUUCGAUUGUCUGAACAGUUUAUGGGAAAAAUCGAGUAGCAGGAUAUAACUUUAGUUAGCUAAGUACGCCGAGCCACUAGCUGACCUACUCAACACUACUCUACAUUUUUGUCUCCUCCUCAACGCUGCUUUGCUCGUUUCCUUAUCCAGCUGCAACGUCAUAAAACUGGACUUCGUACUGUCUGCUUUUCUAGCAUUCCGCGAAGGGAAAGGCGCGCAGCGGACUACACUUUCAUUUUGAAUCGGCUGCGUUUCAUUAGGCUACGCUGAAAACAUGGAAAUCACAUUCGCAGGGAAGAGGGCCGUGGUAACUGGAGCAGGGAAGGGGAUAGGCAGGGCCACUGCGCUGGCGCUGGCACGGAGCGGAGCAGAGGUCACCGCUGUCACACGCACCCAGGCUGACCUGGACAGCCUCCUCAUUGAGUGUGCCUCCAUUAGGCCGGUGUGCGUGGAUCUGUCGGACUGGGAGGCCACUGAGGCUGCACUAAAGGACUUGGGCCCAGUGGACCUGCUGGUGAACAAUGCAGCCUGCGCUUCACUGCAGCCCUUCCUUGAAGUCACCGCUGACCAGUUUGACAAAGUUUUCAACGUCAAUGUUAAGGGAGCCCUGCAUGUUGCUCAGAUUGUGGCUCGAGGAAUGAAGGCCAGGGGAGCUGGCGGUUCCAUUGUUAACAUCUCAAGCCAGGCAUCGCAGCGUCCGCUGAAAGACCAUGCCGUUUACUGUGCCACAAAAGCAGCCCUUGACAUGCUGACUAGAGUGAUGGCUUUGGAACUUGGACCAUAUCAGAUCAGAGUGAAUGCUGUCAAUCCCACAGUGGUGAUGACUGACAUGGGCAUUGUGAACUGGAGUGACCCUAAGAAGGCCAAAACCAUGAAAUCAUGCAUUCCAAUGGGAAAAUUUGCAGAAGUGGAAGACGUGGUGAACUCCAUCCUGUUCCUCCUGAGUGAGAAGUCUGCCCUGACCAAUGGAGUCACUCUGCCAGUGGAUGGGGGGUUUCUCGCCUGCUAGCCUGUCCUAAAUCAGUAAAGCACAGCACUACUUCUACCAUAGCAGAUCAUGCCAGCUCAGUAUAACCGGAUUCUGUCCUUUGGACAUGAUUUUCCUUUAUUCAUAGUUAAGAAUUCUAAUAAAAUCAAGUUUCAAGAGUA